UGGUCUCCGCUGAGUGUCCGCCGCGUCCGUGUCCGCGUCCUGUCCGUGUCCGGCGGCUCCGGGCGGCGCCGCCAUGUCCGGCUUCAGCCCCGAACUGAUCGACUACCUGGAGGGAAAUAUCACCUUUGAGGAGUUUGAGCGGCUCCGGGAGGAGAGGAAAACCCGCGGGGGGCGGGAAAUCCAAGGUGAUGCAGCGACUGAGGAUGAGGGAGAUCAGGAUGGACCUUCUAAAGCCACAACGAGCUCUGUCAGGCAGCAGGCAGAUGACUCGGAGGAAACCACUGAUGGCGUGAGCAAGAGCGUCCAUCGAGCCUUUGCCUCGAUGAUUGGUGAUCACGUAAGUGAUGACGAGGAAGAGCAGAGUGAACAGCCCUCUGCUGGAGAUGUCUUUGCUUUGGAAAUGGAGUUGCAUCGAGAGCAUAAGAAAAUGCAGAAGGAGAGGCGACCUCGGAGCAAGCUCCCCAAAGCUUUAAGGGGUCUCAUGGGAGAAGCUAAUAUCAGAUUUGCCCGAGGAGAUCGUGAAGAAGCUGUGAUGAUGUGUAUGGAAAUCAUCCGGCAAGCUCCACUUGCCUAUGAGCCCUUUUCGACUCUUGCUAUGAUCUAUGAGGAUCAAGGAGACAUGGAGAAAUCGCUGCAAUUUGGACUUAUUGCAGCUCAUCUGAAUCCCAGCGAUCCAGAAGAAUGGGUGAAAUUGGCAGAAAUGUCCCUUGAACAGGAUAAUAUCAAACAGGCGAUUUUCUGCUAUUCAAAAGCCAUAAAGUAUGACUCCACAAAUGUACGUUACCUGUGGGAGCGUUGCAGCCUCUAUGAACAGUUGAGUGAACACAAGCUAGCUAUGGAUGGAUACAGGCGCAUCCUUAACCUUCUGCCACCUACUGAUGGGGAGCACUUCAUGCAGCUGGCAAGAGACAUGGCAAAGAGCUAUUACGAAACCAAUGAUAUUAUGUCAGCAAUUGGUGUGAUGGAAGAGGCUCUCGGCAAACAUCAGAACCUGGUUUCUGCUGAGGAUGUGAACAUGGCAGCUGAGCUGUAUCUGUCAAACAAACAGUACGAUAAAACAUUAGAGGUUAUAACAAAGUUUAGUGAAGUUGUAGUUGGAAAAGUUUCCCCAAAGCAAGAAUCUUCUGAGGAAACUACAACAGGAGCUGUGUACAACUGUCAGAUCCCAGAGGGGGUUCCCAUUGAUAUCAGAGUCAAGUUGAUGGUGUGCCUGAUCCAUCUUCACAUCCUUCAGCCACUUGAUUUUUUGAUGACCAAUUUAAUGGAACAGAACCCUGAAGAAAUGGGAGAUCUUUACUUGGACGUGGCUGAGGCCUUCCUGGAUAUCGGGGAGUAUAACUCGGCAUUGCCCCUCUUGAGUGCCCUGGUGUGUUCAGAGCGGUACAACCUGGCAGUCGUGUGGCUUCGACAUGCAGAGUGUCUGAAGGCUCUGGGACACAUGGAACUGGCAGCAGAGAGCUAUGUUAAAGUUGUUGAAAUGGCACCUUUGCAUCUAGAUGCUCGCAUCUCCCUCUCGACCCUUCAACAGCAACUGGGACGCCCAGAGAAAGCUCUUGAGGCACUGGAAUCUAUGCAUGAUCCUGAGACACUAGCACAUGAUGCGAGUGCAGCACAGCAGGAGCUGAAGCUGCUGCUACAUCGUUCUACUCUAUUGUAUUCUCAAAGAAAACUGCAUGAUUACGUGGAUGCUUUACUUGCAAUGCUCACAAUGCUUCUAAAGGUAGCAAUGAGUAGAGCUGAAGUAUCGUUGGUUUCGAGAAUAAAAGGUGAGGAGAAGCACUUGUACCUUGUAAAGGACUUGAGAGACAAAGAUAAUGACAUUGAUGACCAGGAAGCUGCAUAUUUAGAUGUUAAAGGAAAAACAAGUGUACUAAAUAGGGAUGACUGGUGGAACUUGUUGCUGAAAGCCAUAUAUACCAUGUGUGAUCUUGAACGCUUCAUGGAAGCAGAACUCCUGGUUGAUUCUUCCUUGGAAUAUUACUCCUUUUAUGAUGAUAAGCAGAAGCGAAAAGAAUUGGAAUACUUUGGGCUGUCUGCUGCUAUUCUUGAUUGCAACUUCAGGAAAGCUUACAAUUAUAUCAGGGUCAUGGUGAUGGAAAACGUGAACAGACCUCAGCUGUGGAAUAUCUUCAACCAGGUCACCAUGCACUCACAGGAUUUGAGACACCAUCGUUUCUGCCUGCGCCUAAUGCUGAAACACCCAGACAAUCACGCACUCUGUGUUCUCAAUGGCCACAAUGCCUUUGUGGCUGGAAGUUUCAAGCAUGCCUUAGGUCAAUACGUUCAGGCUUUCAGAGCUCAGCCGAAUGAACCUCUCCACAGUCUUUGUGUCGGCCUUACUUUUAUCCACAUGGCAUCUCAGAAGUUUGUUUUAAAAAGGCAUCCCCUUCUGGUGCAGGGAUUCUCUUUCCUCACCCGCUAUCUGGAACUUCGGGGACCUUGCCAAGAAGUCUACUAUAACAUAGGGCGUGCAUUACAUCAACUGGGGCUGGUGCAUUUUGCAAUUCAUUAUUAUGAAAAGGCACUGGAACUCCCACCUGUUAAAUUGGAGGGAAUCGAAGAAGAUCAGGUGGAUCUAAGGCGGGACAUUGCUUACAAUCUAUCUCUGAUUUAUCAGAGCAGUGGAAAUAUUGAUAUGGCUCAUAAAAUUAUAAAUAAACAUUGUUUUGUAUGAAGUUCCCAUGGUUCAAAAUUGGAUUGUACAGUGUGGUUGUCAUUGUUAAUUAAGAAGUUGUUUAACGGCUAACAUUUAGCUUUUGUCAUUGGAUUUGUAUAUAUUUUAUUGAUUUAACCUUGUGUAUUUUCUCUAUUGCAGAGAUGAUUAAAAUAUUCUGAAAAUUGUUAA